AUGCAGUCGGGUGUUUGGUACGGUGACUGUUGGGUGCUAGUGAGUUGCAUUACUGACAGUAAGUGGCCAUUGGAAGAAGUAGAGCCAGAUAGGCGGAGGGUGCAGAUGGGUAUCUGGAGUAAUCGAGUGGACAAAUGCAAGAUCAAGCCAGGUGCCCACAUUUACAGCUACAGAGCUGCCUAUGCUUACUCCCAUCACGGUACUUUUCUCCCCCUUUCGAAAUUCGAUAUUCUUCAUGUGGAACAUAAUUUCCAAGCCCUGGUGAGAGCUGGCACUUGCACCAUUGCAAAAUCUGACUCAUCUAAUAUGGUUCUGCACCGAGCAAUGUAUCUUCUUCUAAAUGGAUUUGGAAAGGUGAGAGCUGGCACUUGCACCAUUGCAAAAUCUGACUCAUCUAAUAUGGUUCUGCACCGAGCAAUGUAUCUUCUUCUAAAUGGAUUUGGAAAUCUUCUGAUAAAUAUUGAAGCUGGAACGAGUGGUCAAGUUUCCUCUGUUGGUGCAGCUGUUGCUUCAUCCUCCUUUGCUGCGGUUUCCAAGUUUUUAAUGCCAGGUCUUGGGGCUGUGGCUGUGGCUGUGGCUGCAGGGACGGGAAUGUACCAUCUGGGUCGGUAUUCUUCCGAGAUUGGUGUCCGACCUGAUGUGAUUAAGGUGGAAGUUGAGGUCUUGCUCCCCAUCAAAAAGAAGUUUCGAAGAACUCUUGGGUCCAGCAGAUGUAAUCAAAGAUAA